AACUAGAUUCGUUCGUACUGAGGGGCUAGUUCGUCGACACUGGCCAGCUAUUCCGGACGUACCACGGUGGUAACAAACAGCGGAGGGCUCAAACGUACAAUGAUUAUGGACAGCGAUCCGAUUCGGGGAGAGCCGGUCAUCGAUAUUAUUGAUGACGCCUGGCGGUUUGACCAACUUCCAAAAGGCGAGGUGCGGGUUCCUGUCGAAGAGCUGCCGGAUCCCGAACCAGAUAAUGGGAACCCUUUAGAAACUCUACGUGAGCAGGAAAUGAAAUGGAAUGACUUCGCCCUGAAUCGUCUUCAGGCUCAGCCAGAUGCAUCGCCAUAAAGACCACUGCAACUCCAUUGACAUGAGUCGUCUGAAAAACGCAGACGUCUCUUUCUAGACUGUAUAUUAACGCGUAUAUCCCGCUUAGAAAAUAUAUUUUUAUGAAUCAAAUGGAAUAAGAAAGUGAUUUGGCAAGUU